GCGGGGAUGUUGAUGACCACACAACGAAUUCGUCGACGCCAUGAACAUCAAGCAACUCUUUCUCGAGUCCAAGCUCAUAGCUGGCGUGACCAUCCUAGUGCUGGCACGAUGUGUUGACCGCGUCUUGAACACGCGGAUCACGUACGACUACCAACAAUUCCUGUGGUACUAUUCCAACAUCAUCAACCCCAUUGCGUUUCUCGUCAUCACUUGGCCCGUGGUGUGGUACAAACUGUUCUUUACGAAGGACAUCUCUCCGGAGAUGAAGGCUUUCCCGCAUUACAAGUUUGCAAUCAUGGCGUUCCUCGACAUGGCCAAUAGCUUCUUGUCCGCCCUGCCCACCCCCCAUAUCGGCGGUAAUUUAGCCAACGUGCUCAGCCAAGUCACGCUACCAUUCAACAUGAUUCUGUCUGUGUUUGUGCUGGGAACGCAAUACCACCGCGCGCACUUGAUGGGGGCGAUCUUGGUGCUCUACGGCGCCUUUGUGUGCAUGAUUCCCAUCUUUCGAGGCGAAGUGGCGCUCAACAGUCCCGAUCCCUCCUUUGGUUGGCUCUUGCUAUACGUGUUGGCCAUGCUUCCCGCUGCCACCUCAAAUGUGUACAAGGAGAUCGGCCUCAAAGACGUGGACUUGGACAUUUGGUACGCCAACGCUUGGGUUAGCACGUACCAGCUUCUCUGGGGGAUGCUGACGUUUUGGACGAUCCAGAUGCAAGCAUUCUCGGACCCUCCUGUGACCUACUCGGACUUUCCCACGUACUUGACAGCAGCUCACGAGUGCUUCUUCGGCCACCAUGUCACGUUCAACGGCGUGUCGUCGCCAUGUGACGGCGACAUCUUUGUCAUAUACUUGCAGUACAUUUUGUUCAACGUGGUGUACAACAUGCUGAUGAUGUACGUGUUCAAGGAAGGCAGCUCUGUACUGUUUGUGAUCUCGUCGGCAGUGUGUUUGCCGCUCACGGACAUUUUGUACAUGAUCCCGUUCCUCGCCGGCCCCCUUGCGAAGCAGAAGUUUACCAUCUUCGAUGGAUUUGCACUCUUCAUCAUUGUGAUGGGAUUGAUUCUGUACCAUUCAGAGCGCGAAGAGCGUGGGAAGGAGCACGUUUCCAAGUCUCCGAUGUACACGUCUCCCAGCCUUCAACGCAUGAAGCAGAAUGUCGAGAACAAGCGAAGCAGUGGAGGACGACCGAAGACGUCGCGUACUCGUUCAACCACAGAGAAGCGCCGUUCUGCCACGUAUGGGGCGAUGGAUGUCGUCUAAUGAGCAUCUCCUUCGACGUCUGUCGCGUUCGCCACAGCGAUGGUGUCGAGACAUGCGGAAUUCGGAGGAUUCCCACUGACGCCUCAUUGGCGGAUUAAUGCAUCUAAUGCAUGGGACAACCAUGUUUACAACCAA